CUUUGCUAAAGAUUGAAAUUACAAUUCGUCGCAGCACACGUUUUCCAAAUCCCUUGUUCUCAAAUUUCGUUCAUUUUCUUGUCAUCAUCUGCUGAAAAUGGCUGCAAACGUGGGAUCCAAAUUAUUUCGUGAUUUUUUCCGGGACAGUCCCUGCCGUAUGGCAUAUCUUUUAAAAUCGCCCGACGUAUCAGUGCAAUGUCCAUUACCGAGCAAAAUUGUUGAGCGGCCAAAAACGGCUCCAAAUCCAUUGUUGAACCGAACAGCAAUCUCGCCUGUAGAAAGAGCUCCGCAUGGUCCGCCUAGACCCUUGACCCGGUUCGAUCGACGCGUACAGCCGGAAGAAUUUAGAGUGUCUGCUCCAUUAAUGCUGAAGAAAUCACCUUCAACGUCUGGUUCGAAAACAAAACACAAGCAAAGCCCAGACACGAAACCGCCCCGCAAGGAGCCUGCCAAGAAGCAUCGCACCACACACACCACACCAAGCUCCGGUUCCGCCAGUGGGACAAAAAUAUUGAAUACGACUCAAAAACGUGACCCCCAGCCACGGAAACCGGGCUGCAAGGUAUGUCUACCCGAUGAUCCCACCGGUUUUCUGGUAAGCGAAAUCGAUCACAUUCGCGAACGUAUCCUGGGUCGGCCAGACAGUAUUAGCUGUCGACAAGCGAUCGCUCUUGCUCAAGACAUACGUAACAGGGUGGAUGCGAUUGUCCUACCAGCGGGGAGUGGCGGUGAGCGCGAUACGAGAAUUAAGUUUAUCGGUGGCCGUGUGGAAAGCUUUGGGAAACUUCCAGACCUUAAACGGAAACCUAGCCCAGAUGUAGUCGAUCGUAGCACGAAGAGAAUGAAGCUUAUCUUAGACAAGAAGGCUACUUCAUCUCCUUUGGGUGGAUGGAUGCGGCAUGAAGAGGAACGGAAAGGUUUCAAAAAUUACUGACGAGUUGCUUUUUUUUUCGAAAUUAUGCACUUCUGAAAUAGUUAUGACGCAUUUCAAAUAACCGUAUUAUAGCAGUCUGAAUCAGCAGUUAAAUUAAAAAAAGAUCCUCUAACUUAUUCCAUUUUAAGACUGUUUGUCUUUAAGAAUAAAAACUCCACCUAAAGGUAUACAUAAAUGAAGGUGUUUAGGCUAAGUUUUAAUCAUAAUGUGAAAAGUAUCAACUUUUUUGGUCAGCGCUGUAAACAUCCCAUUGCUCCCAUAAGCUGAUCGUGGGGCAGACGGCUAGUAAACAAAUCUAUGUUCCGAGCGUUCACCUUGCAUCUGUUAGCAUGGUUGCAUCAUUGAUAACGAUCUGGGCGAGAGUAUUUAAAUGGAAUGCAUCCCGUACGAAAUGCUACAGUCCAGUGGUGAAGCUGUCGAGCUAAGUUCUCGCAAUCAAAAUGGCAUUUGCAUUGAUAGUCCUUAUCGGAGUGUUCAGUCUCCAGGGCAGCCUUGGAACGGGCAGUGCCGAGAACAAGCUAGGAUUGAAACUGGUGGUGAAAACCAGCGUAGAGGACACCCAACCCCAAAAUUACUACCGAGAUUCCGCCUCAUAUCGGUCGCGCUUUGCCGAUUCAAGUUCUUUCGCCCCAGAAUUCUUCCGCACUGGAUAUGGCAAUGUGCUCACGUCGCAAGCUGCUUUUGUGGAAGCAAUCAACAACCGAAGCACCACCUGGAAAGCCGGAGUCAACCCGCAGCGCAACGAUCAGUACCGCACAGGCGUGCUGUCGGAUGAAUCGAUGAAGUUCCAACUGCCGCUGGGUUUCGUGCUGAAGAAGGAUGAACAACCGCUGCCCAUGUCGUUUGACGCACGCCAAAAGUGGUCGUACUGCCCGAGCAUGAACAUGGUACGCAAUCAGGGAUGUUGCGACUCGAGCUACGCCGUAGCAGCAGUAUCCACGAUGACCGAUCGCUGGUGCGUGCACUCGGAAGGCAAGGCGCAGUUCAACUUCGGAGCGUACGAUGUGCUUUCCUGUUGCCAUCGAUGUGGAUUCGGCUGUGACGGUGGUGUGCCGAGCGCCGUCUGGCACUACUGGGUUGAGAACGGUAUUACCAGUGGCGGAGCAUUUGGGUCCCAUGAGGGCUGCCAAUCGUACCCGUUCGAUGUGUGCAAAAAGUCGGGCGAUUCCAAUGAUACCCCGCGGUGUUUGCGCUUUUGCCAGCCCGGUUACAAUGUCACGUACCCGGAGGAUAAGCAUUACGGUCGGGUGGCCUACACCGUGCCAAAGGAUGAAGAGCGCAUAAUGUACGAAGUGUUUAACUUUGGACCGGCCCAGGCAACCUUUACCAUGUACACUGACUUUGUGCAGUACAAGAGCGGAGUCUAUAGACACACGUUCGGUGUGCGUGUCGGAACGCACUCGGUGAAGGUGAUGGGCUGGGGCGUGGAAAAUGACGUCAAGUACUGGCUGUGUGCCAAUUCCUGGGGUGCACAGUGGGGAGAUGGUGGUUUCUUCAAGAUCGUUCGAGGAGAGGAUCAUUUGAGUUUCGAAACGAAUGUGGUUGCAGGACUACCGCUAUUCCGCUAAAAGGAUAAACGAGUGUUGGUGUUGGCUUAGUGGAGCAAAUACAUACCUACUGAGACCGUUUA